AUGUUUACAGAUGUUGGUGCGUCUUCUUUUCGACUGGUAGUACUGGCUGUUGCACUAUCGUCCUCGUUCGCUGUGAUUCUCGCCUUACCUGCGUUUCCUCUAUCACCAAACCUCUCACCUGUCCAAGUCAACACCUCAUCACUCCUGAUCUCUCCGAAUCCCGGUCCCCCACAGGAACCAACGUGUCCCCCCACCGAGCAAUGGGGCGUCACCCUUGGACACCCCUCAUACGACGACUGCGACUACAUCCUCUCAAAUCUCUAUCCCAAAGACCCACUGUCCAAACCAGUCCUGCGCAAUUUCUAUGUUGCACCUGCGGACGUAUCGCACACGAUGUCGAAUUUCAAACUGCCGUAUGAGGAGAGUUACCAGACAUGCAGCAUCCAAAUGCUGUUAGCGGCGGACUUCAUCAACAUCCCGAACGAUGAGGCCACCUGGAAUGAUCUCAGAGGCGCGACGCGGACAAUACUCAGGACGUGCAUUCGCGGGAGGGGAUUAGGAGGCGUGAUCACCAAGAACGGAAAGCAUGGCAACAUAGAAAUUGUUGUAUACGGCAAAGAUUCAAUAUUCGCUAAGAACCAGAUAUUGAAGAACUCGCCAGACCAACUCGCUAGAUCGAUCGCGGCACAGGAGUUGUUGGAGUUGAUGAACAUAGUGAUAGUUCCGGAAACUGAUCAGCCAGAGUCCGAGGUCAGGACUGUGGCAAAUAGAACAGUCAACCCCACAAGCGAAAGCCGGUUGAUCACUGCCGGGGUACAUGUAGAGACAUCUUGA